AUGACUGUCUUUGAAGAAAAGAGCUUGCCUACUCAAGAUCAAGCUGAAUCAACACAUAUCAAUUCCGAUUCCAGCGACAGUGACACAAACACGAUUUCUUGGGAUGGCCAUCAUGAUCCUGAAAACCCCUUCAAUUGGCCAAUUUCACGGAAAUGGGCGUUAACAUGUCUCGCUGCUUUCACUACAUUUCUCACGAUGAUGAACGGGACUAUCAUCACAGUCGGCCAUAUUGAAAUCUCCGAUCUCUUCCAUAUCACUGAAAAGUCAUUUCCGAAUUCCUACUGGCCAGUCACUACAUGGGCCACUGGUGGUGCAUGUUCGGCAUUGUUCAUACUCCCUAUAUCAGAAGAUUUCGGCACAAGACCCGUCUUUCUCGGAACAUAUCUGACUCUCAUCUGCUUCCUUAUUCCUCAGGCCGUCGCCCAAAACUUUGCCACAUUGAUCGUUACCCGUUUCUUUGCUGGGGGUUGCGUCGCGAUCUUAGCUAACACGGCGGCCGGUGUGGUUGGGAACCUAUGGGAGACUGAAUAUGCUCGAACCAUUCCUGUCAGCCUGUAUAUUUUAGGCUAUAUGUCUGGAAGUAGUAUGGGCCCUGUGAUGGGGGCUGCUAUCUACCAGUCUUUGGGAUGGAGGUGGAACAGCUAUAUGCAAAUCAUCUGGUUCGCAGCUCUGUUCCCAAUUUACUACUUCUUUUUCUACGAAUCGCGCGGUAGUGCAAUCCUCGAGCGACGGGCACGAAAACUGCGGAAGAAUGGCGCUUCGGUCCAUGUCGAAAAUGAGAAACCGGCAUCGAAGCUGAACUUCCAGAGCCUUUGGGUUAGCUCCACUCGACCAAUUAUCCUUGUUAUGACAGAGCCGGUGUUAUUUGUAUCAACCAUGUGGUCUGCAUUUGCAGUGGGUACCUUAUUUAUUUUCACGCAAUCUGUUGAGCAGGUCUUUAUCGGGCUAUAUGGCUGGAGUGUUUCACGGACUGGCUUCGUUCAAUGUUCCAUCGUCAUCGGCGAGUGUAUCGGAUGGUCACUAAACUUUAUUUCACGAAAGCUUUACUUUGCGUCCGCGUCACGCAAUACUGAGAUCCCUGGAGUACCGAUUCCGGAAGCAAGACUGUAUAUGGCUGUCUCAGGAGGAAUCUUCGGUAUCUCCGGUGGUAUGUUCACGUAUGCUUGGACAUCAUAUACCUCUAUACCGUGGAUCGCCCCAGCUAUCAGCUUGGCUUUAGUGGGAGCUGGCAGCGUCCUGGUUGUGUCGGGUGUGUCGGACUAUGUUGUUGAUGCGUAUAGUCAGUAUGCUGGCAGUGCGAUGGGAGCCGUGGCUACGGGUGAGAACAUUUUCUCUGCAUUCCUGCCCCUCGCUACCAUGAGUAUGUACAACACACUCGGGUACAACUGGGCAAGCACGCUGCUUGCAUUUGUAUCGUUGGUGUUAUCUCUUGUCCCGACUUUAAUGUUUGUGUGGGGGAAGGAAGUACGUGCACGCAGCCCUUUCAUGAACGAGAUGAUGAAAAAUGCCGCUAAGAAAAACGCCGAUCUUGUCUAG